AUGGCGGCGCGGGCCGGGCUGCUGCUGCUGCUGUGGGGCUGCGCGCUGACGCCGCCGCCGACGCGCGCGCUGGACGCCCUGGGCCCGCACGCGGCCGUCCGCCUGGCCGAGCUGCUGAGCCCCGAGGAGUGCGGCCACUUCCGGUCUCUGCUGGAGGCGCCGGAGCCCGACGUGGAGGCCGAGCUGGCCCGGCUCUCCGAGGACCGGCUGGCGCGGCCCGAGCCGCCGCCGGGCUCUGCGGGGCCACCGGGCCCUGAGCGGCGGCGGCGGAGGAGGAGGAGGAGGGAGGCGGCGGAGGAGCCCGGCGAGGUCUCGGACGGCUGCCGGGAGGCGCUGGCGUCCUGGUUGGCGGCCGAGGCCCCCUCGCUGUCGUGGGACCGCGUGGCCCGGGCCCUGCGACGCAGCGGCCGCCCGGACGUGGCGCGGGAGCUGGGCAAGAACCUUCACCAGCAGGCCACGCUGCAGCUGCGCAGGUUCGGGCAGCGCUACCUGCCGCCGCCGCGCGCCGCCCCCGCCCCGGCCCCGGCCCCGGCUCCGGCCCCGCGCGCCCGCCGCGCCCGGGACGCCGCCGCCGCCGCUCCCUGGGAUUCGCUGGGCUUGAUCGUGGAGCGCCUGCCGCAGCCGCCCUACAACCGCAGCCCCACGGGCUGGGUCGGGCCGCUGGCGCUCGGCCUCCUCACCGGCUUCGUCGGGGCGCUGGGCACCGGGGUAAUGGUCAUCGUGCUCACGCUGUGGGUCACCGGCGGCGACGGCGACCCCGCGCCACCCCGCGGCUCCGGACCGCUCGCCCGCGCUCGGCUCGGGCCCGCCGCGGCGCGAGGCUGGCGGGAAGCAGAGCCGCUCCUGCCCCGGGUUGGGGCUGCAGGGGGACCAGACUGCCGCUCGGCCCACGACCCGCUGCUGUGA